AUGGCAGAAGCUCUAGGCACUGUGGCCAGCGUCAUCGCUGUCGUCGACCUGGCUGGCAAAGCCGUCACCGUAUCCUUCAAACUCAAGUCCCUGUGGGAUGAAGUCAAAGACCUGCCAGAAACUCUGUUAGAGAAAGCCGAGGAGCUCCAGGACCUCGACGACUUCCUACGCGACGCCGAGAGCAAUGCCGCCAAUAACCCCUUGCCGAACUCAGUGUGGAAUGGACUCUGGAUAUCCAUAUCGCCAGUCUCGCGGACAAACGACGACGAAGACAGAAACUAG